ACCCUCUAAUUCUCUUCAUCCAUCCGAGCGGUAAUACACUCCCAAAGCUUGCAGCAAUACUCGCUCCUCUCUGUCCAUUAAUUUCUUAGUUGACAUGGCGAUUCCGGUCAUCGAUUUCUCCAAGUUGGAUGGCAAGGAAAGGGCCGAAACCAUGGCCCGGAUUGCCAAUGGAUGCGAGGAAUGGGGAUUCUUUCAGCUGGUGAACCAUGGGAUUCCGGUCGAGCUGCUGGAACGCGUGAAGAAGGUCAGCUCCGAGUGCUAUAAGUUGAGGGAGGAGCGCUUCAAGGGAUCCAAACCCGUUCAGCUGUUGGACACACUGGUGAAAGAAGGCGAUGGUCAACGCUUGGACAACGUGGACUGGGAGGACGUGUUCGUUCUUCAAGACGACAAUGAAUGGCCGUCCAACCCUCCGGACUUCGAGGAGACCAUGAAGGAGUACAGGGAAGAAAUCAGGAAGCUGGCGGAGAAAAUGAUGGAGGUAAUGGACGAGAAUCUGGGCUUCGAAAAGGGCUGCAUCAAGAAAGCAUUCUCUGGGGACGGCCAGCACCCGCCCUUCUUCGGCACCAAGGUGAGCCACUACCCGCCGUGCCCGCGCCUGGACCUGGUGAAGGGCCUUCGCGCCCACACCGACGCCGGCGGCGUCAUCCUCCUCUUCCAGGACGACCAAGUCGGCGGCCUCCAGAUGCUCAAGGACGGCCGGUGGAUCGACGUCCAGCCUUUGGCCGACGCCAUCGUCAUAAACACCGGAGAUCAGAUCGAGGUCCUCAGCAACGGUCGCUACAAGAGCGCGUGGCACCGGGUGCUCGCCACCAGCCACGGCAACCGCCGCUCCAUCGCUUCCUUCUACAACCCCUCCCUGAAGGCGACCAUCGCUCCAGCCGCCGGCGCCGCCACCAAGGAAGCUGCCCCUCCUGCUCUGUACCCAAAGUUUCUGUUCGGGGACUACAUGGACGUGUACGUGAAGCAGAAGUACGAGCCCAAGGAACCGAGAUUUGAGGCAGUCAGAGCUGUUUGAGGAUGGAGAAGCUGCGAAUCUAUUGUUGGAUUAUAGGAGGAUAUAAUUCAUUGUACUAGUCUGGUGUCUCAUGCAUGGAUUACAUAAUUGCAAACAUGAUCUGCAUCUGAAUAAUGGCUGCUUGUUCUCAGGACACGCAGUCGUCAAUCUGUAAGUCGGUGUUCAGAAUAAAAACCAAGUGCUAUGUUUCCUCGUCA